UCCUCGGAAAAGCGAAGGCCUUUAUAUAGAUGUAACUAUUUUUUCUUUUCAAAGACACAAGCGUCUACCUUUUAUUUGAUACUUGCAAACAGGUUGCACCUGAUAUAAAUGGGAGUCUCUCUUGUUUAAGUUCAUUAUCUUAGGAGAGCGGGUCAACUCGAGUAUCUUCAUUUACCUUUGCGAUAAUUUGGACGAGAAUGAAAGACAUCGUUCGACUUUUUGCGACUGCCUCCUUGAUAGUUGUUGUAGCUGGCCAUGGAAGAAUGAUAGAUCCUGCCAGCAGAAACUCUGCAUGGAGAUUUUUCUCCGGCCGUCCGAGGCAGUACACAGACAACGAACUGAACUGUGGAGGUUUCAGCGUUCAAUGGAAUGAACCAAACAAUGGAAAAUGUGGCGUAUGUGGUGAUGCGUAUCACGACAAAAGCCCGAAAUAUGUCUACCCUGGAAAGUACGCUAGUGAUGUUUUUAUUACCAAGACGUACAAGGAGGGUCAAACGAUCGACGUUGUAAUUGACAUCACGUCAAACCAUCAAGGAUACUUUCGAUUCAGCCUCGGAAAACUGGUAAAACGUCCUAUCACUCAAGAACAGUUGAAAUACGUUCUGUUGCAGCCAGAUGGCUCAAAUACAUGGCAGCUUCAUUCGUCCCAAAAUGGAAAGUUCACAAUUAAGCUCGACCUUCCCAAGGGCCUGACAUGUGAUCACUGCGUGUUGCAAUGGUGGUGGACUGUGGGAAACAACUGGGGCUGUGACGAAAACAACAACUGCGGAGUGGGACUGGGGAAGAAACAAGAGACCUUUGUAAACUGUGCGGAUAUUAAGAUUGUGUCCGCAGGGGAACCGGGUGCUACAGAAGCCCCCAACACGAACGCACCAAUGACGGAGAAACCCAAUACUGAAGCACCUGCAACGAAGCCUCCCCCAACUGAAGGCCCUGGCGCCACAGCACCAUCAACUACAGCACCUCAAGGGGUCUGUAAAGCUACAGGACAAUGGACCGGCGAUGCCAAUAUGGAUGCCUGGUGUGUGAGGAACUGCGCACAAGGUUAUUGCCCUUCCACUCACUGUAUAUGUGCUUGAUAGUCUUGACAAGCAGUUUAUUUUGCGUAUAUACACUAAAUUAAAAUUCGAUAACUAAAUUGCGCCCUGCUCGAUCUGAAAUCACUUCCUGUUGCCCGGAUAGUCUUAAAAGAUUGUUACUCACUGCAGAUUAUGUCAGAAUUAAA